AUGGGGUCUAAUUCAGCCUCUGAACCUCUGAUUCAUCUCUUACUGGUCUCAUUUCCUGGCCAAGGACAUGUAAAUCCGCUGCUUCGGCUCGGCAAACGCCUUGCUUCAAAGGGCCUUCUUGUUACUUUUUCUGCGCCUGAAUUCAUCGGCAAAGACAUGCGAAAAGCCAAUAACAUCAGCGAUGAACCCACCCCAGUUGGUAAUGGAAUUAUCAGAUUCGAGUUCUUUGGUGAUGGAUUGGCAGAUGAUGAUCCUAUACACUAUGAUCUCGAUACGUACUUGCCGAUUCUUGAGCUCGUUGGCAAAGAAAAAAUUCUAAGUAUGAUAAAGAAACAGGCCGAAAAAGGAAUUCCAGUUUCUUGUUUGAUCAACAAUCCAUUUAUUCCAUGGGUUUCUGAUGUGGCUGAGAGUGUUGGAAUUCCCAGUGCAAUGCUUUGGGUUCAAUCUUGUGCGUGUUUUACUAUUUAUUACCAUUAUUAUCACAAUAUAACUCCUUUCCCUAGUGAAAAUGAACCAGAAAUUGAUGUUCAUUUGCCGUGUAUGCCUCUGUUGAAAUAUGAUGAAGUGCCCAGUUUCUUAUAUCCUACCACUCCCUACCCUUUUCUUAGAAGGGCAAUUGUAGGACAGUACAAAAACCUUUCGAAACCCUUCUGCGUAUUAAUGGACACUUUUCAAGAACUUGAACAAGAAAUCAUUGAUUACAUGUCCAAUAUUUGCCCCAUAAAGACUAUUGGUCCCCUUUUCAAAGACCCUAAAACUUCAGUCGCGAAUGUUCGUGGUGACUUCAUUGCCGCCGAUAAUUGUCUUGACUGGCUUGACUCCAAACCGCCGUCUUCCGUUGUGUACAUUUCGUUUGGCAGUGUUGUUAAAUUGAAACAAGAACAAAUUGAUGAAAUGGCAUAUGGGAUUUUAAAUUCAAAAGUUCCAUUUUUGUGGGUCAUGAAGCCGCCGCCGGAAGAAUUAGGCCUCCCUGGAGUCUAUUUGCCGGAAAAGUUUUUGGAAAAAGCUGGUGAUAGAGGCAAGAUAGUUCAGUGGAGUCCACAAGUUCAGGUCUUGAACCACCCAUCUGUCGCCUGUUUCGUGAGCCACUGCGGAUGGAACUCGACAAUGGAGGCGCUCACUAGCGGUGUUCCGGUGGUGGCGUUUCCACAAUGGGGUGAUCAAGUAACGGAUGCAAAAUUCUUAGUAGAUGUGUUCGAAGUUGGGAUUAGAAUGUGCAGAGGUGAAGCUGAGAACAGAAUAAUUCCUCGAGAGGAUGUUGAGAAAUGUUUGCGUGAAGCCACAAGCGGUCCGACGGCGGAGGAAAUGAAAAACAAUGCACGCAAGUGGAAGAAAGCUGCGGAGGCGGCGGUGGGACCCGGUGGGUCCUCCGACAAGAAUAUGCAAGACUUUGUGGACGAGAUUGUCAGGAUUGGAUCUCGUCCACAGAACAAUAAUUUGUAG